CAUACAUACACAGCACAUAGUCCACAGAAACCAUCUAAAACAUUCCUUUCCGUGCUUUUUUCAAGAACAGUGGAAAGUAAAAGGAGGCCAUCACUCUAUCUCUCUCUUCUCUCUGUCUGCUUCUUUCAGCCAUGGACAGGCCUCACUGGCCACAGGAGAUAGUGGUGAAGCCAAUGGAAGAAAUAGUAGUUCCCAACACCACAAAUUCAAGUAACAAUUAUAAUAAUCUCUCAAAGCCAUCUUCAAGUUCUUCCUCUCUUGAAAGAAGGAUAAGACCACAAAAAGCUGCCGCUGUAAACUGUCCGAGGUGUGAUUCCACCAACACCAAGUUUUGUUACUACAACAAUUACAGUCUUUCACAACCAAGAUACUUUUGCAAGACUUGUAGAAGGUAUUGGACUGAAGGAGGAACACUCAGAAACAUCCCUGUUGGUGGUGGUUCAAGAAAGAACAAGAGAUCAUCCUCUUCUAUUUCUAGUACUUCCUCUCAAACUUCAGUGUCAAAGAAGCUUCCUGAUCUAAUUGUACCUUCUGCAGCAACAUCAGUACUUUCUCAAAACCCUAGGAUCCUUCAUGAUUACUAUGGGCAAGAUCUUAACUUGGGGUUUCCAUCCGCUAAUAAUUUCAAGAAUGUUUCUGACUUUAUGCAAAUACCAAACUUUGAUGCCACCAGGAAUACGAAUUCUUCAGCUUCCACCACCAGUAGCAUUACAACUACUGCCUCGGCUUCAGCUCAGCUUUCAGCUUUGGAGCUCUUGACUGGAAUCACAGCAAGGGGUACAAUGAAUUGCUUAAUGCCGAUUCCGAUCCCUGACCCUAAUUCCGUUUAUUCACAGUCAGGGCAGUUGAUGAUUCCCAUGCCGGAAUUCAAGAUUCCGUCACUUAGCUUUUCUUUAGAUGGAAUGGCGAGUGGUGGCAGUGGCGGCGCAUAUGGGAAUAGUCUUGAUGACAGUACAGAUCGGAGGCUUUUGUUCCCAUUUGAAGAACUGAAAACGAACACAUCAACAACAACAAUUGAUGAACAGCAUGUUGCGCAAGAUAGAGAUCAGAAUGGUGACUCCAAUGGGUUCUGGAAUGGAAUGAUGGGUGGUGGCUCUUGGUGUGAUUACACAGAAGGAUGGAGACCGUGA